GAAAGGCUCAAGUGUGAAAUGGAGAGUCCUCAACUUUUAAGACAUAGAUAAGAAGUUUUUGCAAAUUAUUUGUGUUGAAAAUGCGAAGUUCCAUUUUACUGAUUAUGUUGAACUUGGAGUUCUUGCAGGCGUUUUUUCUAUUCGCUGAAAAACACGAGCCCAUAUUGUUUUGUUUCAAAAUCUGUCCGUUGUACUGCUCGCCGCGGCGGCGUGACGAGGAUGCAUCAUCCCUGAUCUACAUCGAAGACGAUCCACCUCCCCCCUAUGAGGACUACAGUCCCCACCCUUACCACGCUGGUCACUACAUCUUCUGCCAUUCCAAGCCGACUACGAAGCCCAAACCCACGACAACUACACCUAUGCCGACCACGACAGAAGAGCCUACAUUUAUAUGUUUGUUAUGUAUGAAGAAGUGCGGGUUUCCGCCUAAAAGUAGAUAA